GAAGAGUACAAAGUACUUCACAGUAUUCGGAGGUAAACGGACUUUAUUCCAAAAAACAAACAAGAAUGAGUGGGGCCCUCACUCCAGAGCAAAGCGAGUCCCUGGAUAAGUUUCGCAUUGAAGCUCAGAAACUUCCAGACAAGCCAGAGGAAAGUGACGAAUAUUAUUUAAGAUGGCUAAGGGCUAGAAGUUUCAAUGUGUCGGCUUCUUUAGAAAUGCUCAAAAAGCAUUUAAAAUGGAGGAAAGAAGUAGAUGCUGACAAAAUAUUUGACUGGACUCCACCAGAGGUUCUCCAGAAAUAUUUUCCAGGAGGUUUCUUUGGUGAAGAUAGAGAUGGUCAUCCAGUGUAUUAUGACUUCUAUGGAAACAUUGAUACUAAAGGCUUUCAUCGCUCGACCAAAAAGGCCGACAUUAUAAAACUUAAAAUAUAUCAUGCCGAAUUAACCGGCAGAAUACUAGCAGAGCAAUCCAAGAAAAAAGGACGUAAUCUGGAGACUAUUACAGCUGUCAUUAAUAUGGAGAACCUUAGCUACCAGAGGCAAUACCACUGGCCAAGCAUUCAGCUGGCUCGAGAGCUCUUUCAAAUAUUUGGUGAGAACUAUCCCGAGAGAUCAAAAUCUGUUUAUAUUAUAAAUGCCCCUAGAAUAUUUCCAAUGGUUUAUAACAUUGUGAAGCACUUCAUUGAGGAAGACACCAAACAGAAGAUAGUAAUAAUGGGAGGAAACUGGCAGGAAGAGUUGCAGCGAUACAUAGCCCCAGACCAGCUGCCACAAGCUUAUGGUGGGACCAGAUGUGAGCCUGAUCCACAAUGCAGUGCCCAUGGCAAUGCAUGUGCACAUGAAAUUAUAAAAUUAAAAUCAUCAAAUGUUACAGUACAGUAUAUAGUACAAGGUAGUCAUUGA